AUCACGGCGUGGAACGUAGGAGAAAGAAACGAAUAUGCUGAUAAGAGAAUUGGCGGCCGUGUGGGUCGCCGUCCUCUUGUGCCAUCUUCAGCUAACGGAGUCUCAGGUUCCUGCCACAAAUGUCUUCACCUGUCCGAAUGGAUGGGAACUGAGAGGCAUACAUUGUUACAAAUUCUUCAACAUCAGGCACUCUUGGGAAAAGGCGGCAGAACUAUGCAGAAGGUACGGCAGCGAAUUGAUGGUGGUGGAGUCGUACAGCGAGAACAACAUGUCUGCGAGCAUGAUCGGCCGGCAUUUGGAUCGUUACUGGCUCGGGCUGGCCUCCCUGGACGAUUUACGGACCAACACACUCGAAUCAGCCGCUGGAAUGCUCGUCUCCCAAUACGCUGGUUUCUGGGCGUCGAGGCAGCCGAAUCCACAAUCAGGUGAAUGCGUGGACGUCGCGUUGACGGAUGACCGACAAACGUGGGAGCUGACCACGUGCGAAUCGUUGCUUCCUUUCAUGUGUCGCGCAAACGCCUGUCCAGCUGGCUCGUUUCACUGUUCCAAUGGCAAGUGCGUGAACUCAGCGUUCAAGUGCGACAAACAGGAUGACUGUGGAGAUUUUUCAGACGAGAUAGACUGCCCGAAUAAUUGUCAGUACUAUAUGGCCAGCAGCGGGGACGUCGUUGAAAGUCCUAAUUAUCCUCACAAAUAUGCACCCCUCAGCAACUGCAAGUGGACCUUGGAGGGCCCUCAAGGCCACAACAUCCUUUUACAGUUCCAAGAAUUUGAAACAGAAAAGAGCUUCGACAUAGUACAGAUCCUUGUCGGCGGCAGAACGGAGGAAAAAUCGGUGAACCUAGCUACCCUAUCCGGCAAGCAAGAACUCAGCAAUAAGCUAUUCGUAUCCGCUUCGAACUUCAUGAUCAUCAAAUUCAGCACAGACUCAUCUGUGGAAAGAAAAGGUUUCCGCGCUUCUUGGAAGACAGAACCGCAAACUUGCGGUGGAAUUCUUCGAGCAACGCCUCAGGGACAGGUGCUCACCUCUCCUGGAUAUCCUCAGAAUUAUCCUGGAGGAUUAGAGUGCCUGUACAUACUGCAGGCACAGCCUGGUCGCAUAAUGUCACUCGAGAUCGAAGACUUGGACCUCGAAAUGAACCGCGAUUACAUCCUAAUCAGAGACGGAGAUUCCCCAAUGAGUAGACCAAUAGCCAGACUAACGGGAAAAUCAGAAGACAAUCCCAUAGUGAUCAUGUCGACCGGAAGUAACUUGUACCUUUACUUCAAAACAAGUCUCGGUGAUUCAAGAAGGGGCUUCAGUAUUCGAUACACGCAGGGCUGUAAAGCAACGAUCAUUGCAAGAAAUGGAACAGUUCAAUCACCCUCGUUCGGUUUGAAUGAUUAUCCUAACAACCAAGAGUGCUUGUACCGGGUGAAAAAUCCUCAGGGAGGACCGCUGUCUUUAAAGUUUGUCAACUUCAACGUUCACAAGACUGAUUUCGUGCAGAUAUACGAUGGUCCAAACACUAACGGCCUACGUUUGCAUCCUGGAAGUGGAUUCACGUCUAACACGAGGCCAAAAAUAACUCUGACAGCUGAGAGUGGAGAGAUGCUAGUCAGAUUCACAUCUGAUGCUCUUCAUAGUAGCUCGGGAUGGCAAGCAGAGUUCUCAGCAGACUGUCCACAGCUUCAGUCGGGCGAAGGAGCACUGGCUUCCAGCAGAGACACAGCCUUUGGCACAGCAGUGACGUUCUCGUGUCCCCUGGGUCAAGAAUUCGCCACUGGCAAGCCGAAAAUCACCACAGAGUGUCUUCCUAGUGGAAACUGGUCGGUCACGUACAUUCCAAAGUGCCAAGAAGUCUAUUGUGGGCCAGUACCGCAAAUAGAUAAUGGUUUCUCCAUUGGAUCUUCGAAUGUCACCUAUAAAGGCCUGGCUACCUAUCAGUGUUACGCUGGAUUUGCGUUCCCUUCUGGUAGACCUACUGAAAAGAUCUCUUGUAUGGCUGAUGGAAGAUGGGAGAAGAAACCAUCCUGCUUGGCAUCUCAGUGUUCUCCACUUCCUGAAGCCCCACACUCUAACAUAACAAUUCUAAAUGGCGGUGGACGAAGCUACGGGACAAUUGUUCGAUUCGAGUGUGAGCCAGGAUACGUGAGAACUGGACAUCCCGUGAUUCUCUGCAUGAGCAAUGGUACCUGGUCCGACGAAGUGCCAACCUGUUCUCGUGCUAAAUGUUCGUUGCAACCCACGAUCAAGAAUGGUUUCGUUGUGGAUAGCACCAGGGAGUACUUUUAUGGCGAUGAAGCCAGAGUGCAAUGCAACAGGGGCUACAAGUUGUCUGGUUCUAAUAUUAUACAGUGUGGACCUAAUCAGAAAUUCGAUAACGUGCCUACUUGCGAAGACAUAAACGAAUGCGCAUCGAGCCAAUGCGACCUGGCCUCCACGGAGUGCAUCAACAAUCCUGGUGCAUUCACUUGCAAAUGCAAACCUGGCUUCGCUCCAACCAUGGAAUGCAGACCAAUUGGAGAUCUUGGGCUAAUUAACGGCGGCAUCCCGGAUGAGUCGAUCAGUGUGUCGAGUUCUGAGAACGGCUACACCAAAACAGGUGUUCGUUUGAACAAUGGCGACGGAUGGUGUGGCAACAACAUCGAGCCAGGCACAAACUGGAUGAUGAUCGACAUGAAAGCUCCGACUAUCAUUCGUGGCUUCAGAACGCAAGUUGUGUCAAGAGUAGAUGGAAAUGUAGCAUACACUUCGGCAGUUCGAAUCCAAUACACGGACGAUCUGACAGACACCUUCAAAGACUACACGAAUCCUGACGGUACACCGGUAGAAUUCAGAAUAUUAGAACCAACUCUAUCUGUUCUGAAUCUACCAGUUCCCAUCGAAGCUCGUUACGCGAGGUUCAGAAUUCAAGAUUACGUCGGUGCACCCUGCAUGAAGCUCGAGAUCAUGGGAUGCACUCGUCUGGAGUGUACAGAUAUCAAUGAAUGUGCCACUAAUAACGGUGGCUGUCAUCAAAAGUGUAUCAACAAUCCUGGCAGCUACUCUUGCAUGUGCAACACUGGCUACGAGUUGUACAAAGGGAACGGAACAGCUGGGUUCUACAUAGAGAAGCACGAGAACGGCGAAAGGGAUGGAGACUUGUAUCAGAAGAAUAAGACUUGCGUGCCUGUUAUGUGUCCUGCUUUACCUGCUCCUGAUAAUGGAAAGAUCCUGUCGACCAAGCAACAACAUCAUUUCGGUGAUUUAGUGAGGUUCCAGUGCAACUUUGGCUAUGUACUUUCUGGAUCAUCAGCUGUUACUUGUACGUCCAGUGGAGCUUGGAAUGGAACCACUCCAGAGUGUCAAUAUGCCAAAUGCGUGUCCCUGCCGGACGACAAGAACGAGGGACUCUCAGUAAUUCGCAGCGAUGAAGCAAGCGUUCUAGUACCAUUCAAACAAAACGUGACGCUAAAAUGUGGCAGUAAUGGUCGAUACCUACGAAACACAGCUACCUCAGACUUCCGCCAGUGCGUCUAUGAUCCGAAACCAGGCCUACCAGACUACUGGUUGUCAGGAUUCCAGCCAGCCUGUCCAAGAGCUGACUGUGGAAAGCCUCUGCCAACACCUGGAGCGGAAUACGGCCAAUAUCUAGACACCAAAUACCAAUCGUCCUUCUUCUUUGGCUGCCAAGACACCUUCAAGCUAGCUGGACAAACCAAUCGUCACGAUAACGUGGUCAGGUGUCAGGCGAAUGGAAUCUGGGACUUUGGUAACCUUCGAUGCGAAGGUCCAGUCUGUGAAGAUCCUGGACGACCAAGCGAUGGCUUCCAGGUAGCCAGAAGCUACGAGCAAGGUUCAGAGGUGCAAUUUGGUUGCAGCAGACCAGGAUACAUUCUGAUUAAUCCUCGACCAAUUGUCUGCGUUCGAGAACCAGAAUGCAAGGUUGUUAAACCACUGGGAUUGGCUUCUGGACGAAUUCCAGACUCAGCUAUCAACGCAACGUCAGAGAGGCCUAACUACGAGGCUAAGAACGUUCGUCUGAACUCUGUGACCGGUUGGUGUGGCAAGCAAGAGGCGUUCACUUACGUGAGCGUCGACUUAGGACAGGUUUUCAGGGUGAAGGCGAUUUUGGUGAAAGGUGUGGUGACGAAUGACGUGGUUGGUAGACCAACAGAGAUUCGAUUCUUCUACAAACAGGCUGAAAUUGAGAAUUACGUAGUCUAUUUCCCUAAUUUCAACUUGACCAUGAGAGAUCCUGGAAAUUAUGGCGAACUGGCGAUGAUCACUCUGCCUAAAUAUGUCCAAGCUCGUUUUGUCAUCUUGGGGAUAGUUAGUUACAUGGAUAAUGCUUGUUUGAAGUUCGAAUUGAUGGGAUGCGAGGAGCCAGUGGCGGAACCAUUGUUGGGUUACGAUUACGGCUUCUCGCCUUGUGUGGACAAUGAGCCACCAGUGUUCCAGAAUUGCCCUCAACAGCCUAUAGUUGUACAAAAGGGAGCUGAUGGAGGAUUGUUGCCUGUGAACUUCACUGAACCUUCUGCUAUCGAUAACAGUGGAAGUAUUGCUCGAUUGGAAGUGAAGCCUCAUAGUUUUAGGACACCGCUUAGAGUAUUUGAGGACUCAGUGGUGAAAUAUGUGGCGUUCGAUUAUGAUGGAAAUGUUGCUAUUUGCGAGAUUAAUAUCACAGUACCUGAUGUAACUCCACCAAAACUUAGCUGCCCUCAAAGCUACGUUAUAGAACUGACAGAGAAGCAAGAGAGUUACUCUGUCAACUUCAACGAAACUCGCAGAAGGAUCAACGCAACUGAUGCUUCUGGACCAGUGAAAAUCACGUUCGUUCCGGAAAGAGCAGUGAUACCAAUUGGUGGCUUCGAGAAUGUGACUGUUUAUGCGACAGACACAAGUGGUAAUAGAGCUUCUUGUCACUUCCAAGUGUCUGUACAAGCGACACCUUGCGUCGAUUGGGAGCUGAAACCGCCUGCUAAUGGAGGACUUAAAUGUGUUCCUGGUGACAAAGGAAUUCAAUGCAUCGCUACUUGUAAAAACGGCUUCAGAUUCACCGAUGGUGCCCCAGUGAAGACAUUCGCUUGUGACAUUAUCAAACAUUGGUCUCCCUCUUCCGUUGUUCCUGAUUGUGUCUCAGAAAACACACAACAGGCAAAUUACCACGUGGUAGCAGCAGUGACCUAUCGUGCGAAUGGCGCGGUUUCUAGAUCCUGUCUACCUCAGUACCAAGAUCUAAUGUCUCAGUAUUACAUGAACUUGAACAAUAUCCUGACUCAACGUUGCUCUGCUGUUAACGUGAACAUGAACGUGUCAUUUGUGAGAUCUGUGCCUUAUUUAAUGGAAGAAAACGUCUUGAAGAUGGACUUCAUUCUCGUAAUCGUCCCAGCCAUACGCCAGCCUCAAUUAUACGAUCUCUGUGGAUCUACGUUAAAUCUGAUCUUCGAUCUAUCAGUUCCCUCCACCAGUGCAGUCAUAGAACCUCUGCUAAACGUUUCUGCUAUUGGAAACCAGUGUCCUCCACUUCGAGCCCUCAAAUCCUCCAUCACGCGAGGCUUCACCUGUAGCAUUGGUGAAGUUUUGAACAUGGACACCAACGACGUUCCACGAUGCCUACACUGUCCAGCUGGAACGUUCGCUGGAGAGAAACAGAAACAGUGCACAUCCUGUCCCAAAGGCUUCUACCAGAACAGUGAUCGUCAGGGAUCCUGUUUGAGGUGUCCAUUCGGUACAUACACUCGAGAAGAAGGCUCUAAGAGCAUAGACGACUGUAUACCAGUCUGUGGAUAUGGUACAUACUCUCCCACAGGACUGGUACCUUGUCUAGAGUGUCCUAGAAAUAGCUACACAGGAGAACCACCAGUUGGCGGCUACAAAGACUGUCAGACUUGCCCAGCAGGCACUUUCACGUAUCAACCAGCUGCACCAGGUCGAGAUAGGUGCAGAGGAAAAUGCUCGCCUGGCAUGUACUCUGACACAGGGCUGGCUCCUUGUGCCCAGUGUCCAAAAGAUUUCUUCCAGCCUCAACAUGGAGCUACCACUUGCGUCGAAUGUCCAACGAACAUGUACACCGAUGGUCCAGGGGCUGUUGGAAGGGAAGAGUGCAAGCCAGUGCAGUGUACUGACAGCGUAUGUCAACAUGGAGGCUUGUGUGUUCCCAUGGGACAUGGAGUUCAGUGUCUCUGUCCAGCUGGUUUCUCAGGAAGACGUUGUGAAAUUGACAUCGACGAAUGUGCCUCUCAGCCUUGUUACAACGGAGCCACUUGCAUCGAUCUGCCACAGGGUUACAGGUGUCAGUGUGCCAAUGGCUACUCUGGGGUCAAUUGCCAGGAGGAGAAGUCGGAUUGUAGCAACGAGACGUGUCCUGAGAGGGCUAUGUGCAAAGACGAGCCCGGAUUUAACAAUUACACCUGUCUCUGUCGAUCUGGGUACACUGGAGUCGACUGUGACAUCACUAUAAAUCCUUGCACAGCAAGUGGAAAUCCUUGCAACAACGGUGCCACGUGCGUAGCUCUUCAACAAGGCCGCUACAAAUGUGACUGCCUGCCAGGCUGGGAGGGUCAGAGCUGCGAGAUCAACACUGACGACUGUGCUGAGAAGCCUUGCUUACUAGGAGCCAAUUGCACAGACUUGGUAGCUGACUUUAGCUGUGACUGUCCUCCAGGAUUCACCGGCAAACGUUGCCACGACAAGAUAGAUCUUUGUUCAGGCAAUCCCUGUCUGAAUGGAAUAUGCGUAGACAAUCUGUUCAGCCACGAGUGCAUCUGUCACCCAGGAUGGACAGGCACAGCUUGUGAGACCAAUAUCAACGAAUGUUCUGGCAAACCUUGCAGAAACAAUGGCCAGUGUAUCGAUCAGGUCGAUGGAUACACUUGCACAUGUGAACCAGGCUACACAGGCAAACAGUGUCAGCACACUAUCGACGACUGUGCCUCUGAUCCCUGUCAGAAUGGAGGAACCUGCGUAGAUCAAUUGGAAGGAUUCGUCUGCAAGUGCAGGCCAGGUUUCGUUGGUCUUCAGUGUGAAGCUGAACUGGACGAAUGUCUCAGUGAUCCUUGCAGUCCAGUUGGCACUGAUCGUUGCGUCGACUUGGACAACACUUUCGUUUGCCACUGCCGUGAGGGCUACACCGGAUCUGCCUGUGAGAUUAACAUCGACGACUGUGCUUCUGAUCCUUGUCUGAAUGGUGCUACAUGCAGAGACGAAGUUGGUGGCUUCAAGUGUAUGUGCCCUGAGGGUUGGACUGGAGUCCACUGUGAGAUUGACGUUGGAAUGUGCCAGAAUCAUCCUUGUCAAAAUGAUGCAGCUUGUGUUGACUUAUUCGUGGAUUACUUCUGCGUCUGUCCAUCAGGAACAGAUGGAAAGCAGUGUGAAACUGCACCAGAACGUUGCAUUGGAAACCCUUGCAUGCACAAUGGGCGUUGCCAAGACUUUGGAUCAGGACUUAACUGUACUUGUCCUGACGACUAUACUGGAAUCGGGUGCCAGUAUGAGUACGAUGCUUGUCAGGCUGGUGCCUGCAAAAAUGGCGCCACUUGUGUCGAUGAUGGUGCUGGUUUCACUUGUGUUUGUCCACCAGGAUAUACAGGUAAAACAUGUGAGGAUGACAUAAUCGACUGCAAGGAGAACUCGUGCCCUCCUUCAGCGACCUGCAUCGAUCUUACUGGAAAAUUCUUCUGCCAGUGUCCUUUCAAUUUGACUGGUGACGAUUGUAGGAAAUCCAUCCAAGUGGAUUACGAUUUAUACUUUAGCGAUCCAGCGCGCAGUAGCGCGGCUCAAAUCAUUCCAUUCUUCACUGGAGCAAGAAAGAGCUUAACUGUGGCCAUGUGGGUACAAUACACUCAAAAAGAUGAAGCUGGAAUAUUCUUCACUCUCUAUGCCGUCAGCUCUCCACACGUUCCAACAAAUCGAAGACUCAUGAUCCAAGCGCACAGCAAUGGCGUCCAAGUGUCUCUGUUCCACGACUUGCAAGAUGUCUAUUUGCCAUUUAGGGAGUAUGCAACGAUUAACGAUGGUCAAUGGCAUCACGUUGCUGUAGUUUGGAACGGUGAAAAUAGUGGAGAAUUGGUUCUCAUCACUGAAGGUCUAAUUGCUAGUAAAACCGAAGGCUACGGAAGUGGAAGAUCUCUACCAGCUUAGUAAGCCAACUCAACAUUCACUCAGAACCAUAAGUCUCAAUGUUUCUCUCAUAAAUCUAACUUUUUCAUUCGAUACAUCUACACGGAAUCAGGAUUCCAGGGACACUUGACCAAAGUUCAAAUCUGGAGUCGAGCUCUUCAUGUGACAAACGAGAUUCAGAAACAAGUUCGAGACUGUCGUACGGAACCUGUACUUUAUCAAGGACUGGUGCUAACAUGGGCAGGCUACGAUGAAACUGUCGGAGGUGUAGAACGAGUGGUACCAUCGCACUGUGGUCAAAGAGUGUGUCCGCCUGGUUACGGUGGCAGCAAGUGUCAACAGUUGGAAUCUGACAAGAUUCCACCGAAAGUGGAACACUGUCCAGGUGAUCUUUGGGUGAUUGCUAAGAAUGGCUCGGCUAUAGUCAGCUGGGACGAGCCAAGAUUCGUGGACAAUGUUGGCAUAGCGAAGAUCCAGGAGAAGAAUGGACACAAGUCUGGGCAAACUUUGAUGUGGGGAACUUAUGAUAUUAGUUACGUGGCUUAUGAUCAGGCUGGUAACUCGGCCAGUUGCAAUUUCAAGGUCUACGUGUUGUCUGACUUCUGUCCAGAGCUUGCUGAUCCAAUUGGUGGCACGCAACAAUGCAAAGAUUGGGGCUCGGGUGGCCAAUUUAAAGUCUGUGAAAUCUUCUGCAAUACUGGACUCAGAUUCUCCCAAGAAGUUCCUAAAUUCUACACUUGUGGAGCUGAAGGCUUCUGGAGGCCAACGAACGAUCCAUCUCUUCCACUGAUCUAUCCAGCUUGCACAAGCGCCACAGCAGCUCAGCGUGUAUUCAGAAUCAGAAUGAACUUCCCAACGUCUGUGCUCUGCAACGAAGCUGGACAGGGAGUGCUCAAGAAGAAAGUUCGAGACGCCGUGAACUCUUUGAACAGAGAUUGGAACUUCUGCUCGUACUCGUUCGAAGGAUCUCGAGAGUGCAAGGAGUUGCAAAUCGACGUCCAAUGCGAUCAUCGCGUGCGCACCACGAGGGAAACGAACGAGGAAGAUGGCGGAACGUACAUAAUCUCUGCGGUAGUUCCAGCAGAACCAACGAGACAAGCGCGGCAAGGCAGCGAUACCUACGAGGUGGAGAUCUCGUUCCCAGCGAUAAACGACCCGAUUUUGAACGCGAACUCGAACGAGAGGGCAACUGUUCAAACGUUACUGGAGAGGCUGAUCCUGGAGGAAGAUCAAUUCGAUGUUCAUGAUAUUCUGCCUAACACCGUGCCUGAUCCAGCAUCUCUGAUUUUGGAGUCUGAUUAUGAUUGUCCGGUGGGACAGGUCGUUAUGGCACCUGAUUGUGUGCCCUGCGCCGUGGGAACGUUCUACGACGAAGAAACGAAGCAGUGCCUGUCCUGUCCGGUCGGAAGCUACCAAAGCGAGUCGGGACAGCUGAAGUGCAGUUCCUGUCCCGUGAUCGCUGGUCGUCCCAGCGUGACAGUAGGGCCAGGUGCUCGUAGUGCAGCUGACUGCAAGGAAAGAUGUCCUGCAGGAAAGUACUACGACGACAUAGCGGGUCUCUGUCGAAGUUGUGGCCAUGGUUUCUAUCAACCUAACGAAGGUAGCUUCUCUUGUCUGCUAUGUGGACUUGGAAAGACCACUAGAACAGCUGAAGCUGUCUCUCGAGAGGAAUGCAGAGACGAGUGUGGCUCUGGACAACAAUUGGCCGUGGAAGGAAAAUGCGAACCUUGUCCAAGAGGAAGUUACAGGACGCAAGGAGUGCAAGCUGCCUGUCAGGCGUGUCCUGUGGGCAGGACGACACCAAACAUGGGCUCUGCAGCGAUAGAAGAGUGCUCUUUACCUGUAUGCGAGCCUGGAACCUAUCUGAAUGGAACUUUGAACGAGUGUAUGGAGUGCAAGAAGGGAACGUAUCAGUCAGAGCCUCAGCAGACUUUCUGUAUUCCUUGUCCCCCUAAUACUAGCACCAAAGGAACCGUGGCGACCAGCAAAGCGGAUUGUACGAACCCCUGCGAGACCAGCGACGCAGAAAUGCACUGCGACGCGAACGCUUAUUGCCUACUAAUUCCGGAAACGAGCGACUUCAAGUGUGAAUGCAAACCUGGAUACAACGGAACUGGAACAGAAUGUACGGACGUGUGCAUGGGCUACUGUGACAACGAAGGAGUGUGCCUCAAGGAUUCGCGAGGACAACCGUCUUGCAGAUGCAGCGGAAGCUUCACUGGAAAACGAUGCACAGAAAAGUCAGAAUUCUUCUACAUCACUGGUGGUAUCGCUGGUGGUGUCAUUCUGAUCAUCUUCGUCGUUCUUCUUGUAUGGAUGAUCUGUGUCAGAGCCUCCAGAAAGAAGGAACCGAAGAAAAUGCUCACACCAGCGACAGACCAAAAUGGCUCCCAGGUGAACUUCUAUUAUGGCGCACCCACACCGUACGCAGAGUCGAUCGCGCCUUCCCACCAUAGUACCUACGCUCACUAUUACGACGACGAGGAAGACGGCUGGGAAAUGCCCAACUUUUACAACGAGACCUACAUGAAAGAGAGCUUGCACAAUGGCAAGAUGAACAGUCUCGCUCGCUCCAACGCCAGCAUUUAUGGCACGAAAGACGACCUUUACGACAGACUGAAGCGUCACGCGUAUCCUGGCAAGAAAGACAAGAGCGACAGCGAUAGCGAGGGCCAGUGACCAUGAUGAAUGACCAACGUUCUACCAGCGUAGAAUUCAAAGAAGCAAAAAAAUUAUCAUAUCGACGUCCCUGAGAUACCGGCGUAAAGAACAAGGGUGGGGAGGGGAUGUCAACCCAUCGUCGAAACCGAUUUAUUUAUUAAUUCCCAGACGAGGAUUGUACCCAGCGGCGCGCUGUUCGAGUGUAUUCGUCGAGCGGGAAAUGAAUAAGAGAAAGAAAAAGAGAGAAAAAAAAAA